UCAUGGUCGGGGGUCGUUUUGGACCUUGCGGUAAGAUUUAAAUACAUGGUUGGAGUACAGUUGCAAAUAAGCAGACAGCUCCCUAAGCCCAGUCCCAGGGCACAAAGAGACAAAUGUUUAGGGUCGAUGUUUAGGCUUUGAGCUGGUUAGAAAUAAGUUAACUUUAAUUUACUGCCAUAUGGUUUAUAAAAGGAGGAGGGGGUUGUGUUUUCUUUGUUUCACUAGUACAGGUUUUUGGAUAGAAAGUGUUAAAGAAAUUUGGCCAAAUGUUUAUCCUGCUAAGGUUAAUACAAGAUUGUAGAAGUGGCUUGAAAGUUUGUGUACUUAUGAUUUUAAAAUCCUGUAUAGGUGAUGUAGGAGUGGAGAAAGUUUAGUGAGUCAGUUUAGUGUGUGCUUCUCACUAUGGAAAGGAUAUUCUUUGGGAAAUACAGACCUUAGAAUUUCAAGGCUGAAAAACUCAGAUUGAUUAAAAUUGUAUUUAGAAGAAGUUUCAAAAUACACAUUACUAAUUGCAACGUUGAGAUUGACUCAAAAAAUAUUCAGUGUUUAAUGGUUUUAUUCUGUAUUUUAAAAGUUACAAAACUAAUAGGAAAUACACUAUAUUUUCUUCACAAAGCAUUUAUUGAGUACUUACUGUGUUUAAGUGUGGGAAAUAUUUCAUAUUUCAUUUGAAAUAAUGAAGUACCUAGCCUCAUUCAAAGGAGCAGAGAAAUAGGAAGCUGUGCCUAUUUUCACUAUUUCUGUUUAAUGGAAAUGCAUCCUUAUCUCUGUAAUUUUAAAAAGUCGUAAUUAAAGUUAUAGUCAAGUUUUAAUUUGGGAUAUUAAAGUUUAUCUUAAACAUUGACCACCUUCAAGACAAAACAUAAGUUAGAAAUGGCUGCAGGCUCUCUUACUCUUAAAAACUCGGAGAGUUAAAAUUACAGAAUCACUGCCAUAGAAGAAGAGUGUUUCAGAUCCAUUCUCCUUGCUCUAAGAAAGCAUCCAGAUAGUUCCAGACGGAGCAUUCUAAUUGAACAGUGUCCUGGGAAGAAAAUUCCUUCACCCCCAGUGCUCUGUUAGAGUAAUUAAAAUAUUAUAGUUGGAACAUUCAUUCUGUAAUUUAAGCCCAUUUCUCCAUAUUUGGUCCUGUGCAAAGGUGUGUGGUUAUGAAGCUUAAUUACCUUUUAGUUACUUGAAUAUUACCGAACCUCUACACACUAGUAGCACAGCUUUCCUAGGAGCUUACAUUAAUGUCAGAAAAUAGAACAUGCCUAAUGAAAAAGGAACAUACCUAAAUAAUAUGUUGAAGACUUAAAGUACAAUAUUUGACAGUGAUUAUCUUUCAAGGAUCUAGUUUAUGGCCUAAGACAGGAGUAACAGUCUCGUAAAUUACAUUUAAUUCAUUAGAUACAUAUUUUGUGGAAUAUUAGUUCAGACUGCCAUUAUUGUCAUCAGUAAGACUUUGACCUAUUAGCAAAUACAGGGUUUGGCACCCUUGCUAUUAUCAGUUCUUUUCUUACCUUUCUUUCUUUUGGGCCAACGAAUCUCAUUUAUUUCAGCAUUUCUUUUCUUUUUCUUUUUUUUUUUGAGAUGGAGUCUCGCUGUGUUACCCAGGUUGGAAUGGAAUGAUGCUAUCUCCGAUCGCUGAAACCUCUGCCCCCCAGGUUCAAGUGAUUCUCCUGCCUCAGCCUCCGAGUGGGUGGGAUUACAGGUGCCCAGCACCAUGCCCAGCUAAUUUUUAUAUUUUUAGUAGAAACAGAGUUUCACCAUUUUGGUCAGGCUGGUCUUGAACUCCUGACCUCAGGUGAUCCACACACCUCAGCUCCCAAAGUGCUGGGAUUAUAGGCUUGAGCCACCACACCUGGCCUCUGCAUUUAUUUAGUGGUAUAAUUUUUGUGCUCUCAGUCAUCUGUCCACCCCUAAAUUCUCUGUAGUCCUUGUUUCUUUUCAGUAGUGUGACCCCGAACUGGAUGUAAUAGUCUGGUAAAAGUUUUGAACAUGCCUAUCAUGUACUUGCAUGGUGCUUCCUGUUCAGAGCCUUAUGUGUGCAAGUUAUAUGUUACUUUGUCUUUGUACCCACCCUAAUGAAUUACACUAAAUUCUGUUAUUUCAUUAAUGUAACUUUGAACGACACAGUCCCAAGAUGGACAACAGUUGACAAGCUUGAAGGCUCAACCCUGUGAAGCAGUGGGCUGCCUCUCAGACAGGCAGUGCAACCAGGAGUGGAGAGAAAUGCUCAGGCCAGGGGUCAGCAUGCUGCUACUCUAAGGGGCAAACAUUGCAGGCUGAGCGAGCUGUAAUAGCGCUAAAGCAGCUAUAGACAACAUGUAAUUGAAUGAACAUGGCUAUGUUCCAAUUAAAACUUUAUUUAUGGACACUGACAUUUGAAUUUCAUAUAAUUUUCAUGUGCCAUGAAAUAUGAUUUGUCAUUUGACACCCCCCACCCCCACCAUUCAAAAAUACAAAUAACCAUUCUUAACUUUUGGGCUGUAUAAAAAGUAGUGGUUGGAUUUGGCCUGAGGGCUAUAGUUUGCCUUACCUCUGCCCUAGACUGGCGCUUUAGAGCAUUGAUGGAGCUUGAACUCUCAGGAGUCUAAAAAGGGCCCAGUUGGCUUGCUAUUCCAUCAUUUUCUUUUUUUAUUUUUUUGAGACGGAAUUUCCCUCUUGUUACCCAGGCUGGAGUGCAAUGGUACGGUCUCAGCUCACCGCAACCUCCGCCUCCUGGGUUAAGGCAAUUCUCCUGCCUCAGCCUCCUGAGUAGCUGGGACUACGGGCGCACACCACCAUGCCCAGCCAAUUUUUGUAUUUUUAGUAGAGACGGGGUUUCACCAUGUCGACUAGGAUGGUCUCGAUCUCUUGACCUUGUGAUCCACCCGCCUCGGCCUCCGAAAAUGCUGGGAUUAUAGGUGUGAGACACCGCGCCCGGCCGCUAUUCCAUCAUUUUCUUUGCAUGACAGGUAGUGAGUUUACAGACUGAACCAUCUCCUCUGUACCUCAGUUUUCAGCAGCACCAUGUGAAUUGGAAUGGCAGUAAUUGUUCCUCAGGAGUGGGCAACAGGCUCCCCACCUUCCAGACACUUAGUGGAGAUGGCAGUACUCUACAUUUUUUCUGUUUGCCUGUUAUUACUUUUCUGGUGAGAAUUCCAGGGCCACUUUAACUCACUUUGUGGUGUUCUUGUCAUGUUAACAUUUUAUAGAGAUUAGCACCCAGUCACUUUACAUUCACCCUACCAAUGCUAUCUAGUUCCACAGUGAGCCCAAUCAUUUUUUUUUUGACAGAGUUUUGCUCUUGUUACCCAAGCUGGAGUGCAAUGGCGCGAUCUUUGCUCACCGCAACCUCCGCCUCCUGGGUUCAGGCAAUUCUCCUCCCUCAGCCUCCUGAGUAGCUGGGACUACAGGCACAUGCCACCAUGCCCAGCUAAUUUUUUGUAUUUUUAGUAGAGACAGGAUUUCACCAUGUUGACCAGGAUGGUCUCGAUCUCUUGACCUCUUGAUCCACCUGCCUCAGCCUCCCAAAGUGCUGGGAUUACAGGCGUGAGCAACCGUGCCCGGCCGAGCCCAAUUAUGUUGAUUUUUUUUUUUUUUUGAAGACAGAGUUUCGCUCUUGUUACCCAGACUGGAGCGCAAUGGCGCGAUCUCAGCUCACCGCAUCCUCCGCCUCCUGGGUUCAAGCAAUUCUCCUGCCUCAGCCCCCCAAGUAGCUGGGACUACAGGUGUGCACCACCAUGCCCAGCUAAUUUUUGUAUUUUUAGUAGAUACGGGGUUUUGCCAUGUUGACCAGGAUGUUCUUGAUCUCUUGACCUCGUGAUCUACCCGCCUCAGCCUCCCAAAGUGCUGGGAUUAUAGGCAUGAGCUACACCUGGCCAUGUUGAUGUAUUUUUUUAAUGUCUCAUUACCAUACUUUCAAAUACAUUUAAAAUGUAAAUAUGUUAUUCAGAGCUUAAAAUCUACUUUUAAAACUUUCCAAAUAAAAAAAAAAGCAACUUAUCAAAUUACUCAGUGCUUGUUAGCUAAAAGGAAACUGUGACUGUUCUUACGUGGAUUAGAGCCUCAUUGAUUACCUGGAUCUGGGUACACAUGUCACCUUAAAUCAUUCAGUCUUUCAGUCACUACUAUGUGUAAGGCAGUUUGCUAGGUUCCAAGGAAUGUGAGGAUAAGUGAAUGACACGCAGCAAUUUACCUUAAGUCUGGCAAGGAAUACGCAUCUUUUACAUAACUUCCAUAGUGUAGUGUGAAACAUGCCAUAAGGAAGGGGUAAACAUUGAUGACAAAGUAAUUGCCAACUUUUUUCUUACUAAUUUUGUCAAAUUUCAGAGAGGGACUCUGCUGUGAUUCUAGUACUUUUCUCUUGGGUGCCUUCUUAACUUUCUGAGCCACUUUUGAUUUUGGAUAAAAUUGUUGCAGAUUUCAAGCUGGUUGCAGUUGUAGUCCCAGCUACUUGGGAGGUUGACAGACUCUAUCUCUUAAAAAAAAAUUGUUUGAGAUUUCGGGUUUUUUUUUUUUUUUUUGAGAUGGAGUUUUAUUCUUAUUGCCCAGGCUGGAGUGCAGUGUCAUGAUUUUGGCUCACUGCAACCUCUGCCUCCUGGGUUCAAGUGAUUCUCCUGCCACAGCCUCCUGAGCAGCUGGGAUUACAGGCAUUCACCACUACGCCUAAUUUUUUUUUUUUUUUUUUUUUUUUUUUUUUUUGAGAUGGAGUCUCCCUCUGUCACCCAGGCUGAAGUGCAGUGGCGUGAUCUCGGCUCACUGCAACCUCUGCCUACUGGGUUUAAGCAAUUCUCUGCCUCAGCCUCCCAAGUGACUGGGAUUACAGACGUUCACCGCCAUGCCCAGCUACUUUUUGUAUUUUUUGUAGAGACGAGGUGUCACCACAUCGGCCAGGAUGGUCUUGAACUCCUGACCUCAUGAUCCACUGGACUCAGCCUCCCAAAGUGCUGGGAUUACAGGCAUGAGCCACCGUGCCUGUAAUUGUGUAUUUUUAGUACAGACAGGAUUUCUCCAUGUUGGUCAGGCUGGUCUUGAACUCCUGACCUCAGGUGAUCUGCUAGCCUUGGCCUCCCAAAGUGCAGGGAUUACAGGUAUGAGCCACUUCAACCAAAAUGUCAAGUAGAGUCCUUAUUAUCUUUAUCUGAUUUAUAAUUUUCCUAGCUUUUUGAAGAUCUUCACAUGUAAAAACGAUAGUUGAUUAAUGAGCAGGUGGUCAUAUUGUUGUGCUAUUCUCAGAAGCAUCUGAUACUAUUUUUUUGUUUUUGUUUUUGUUUUGAGACAGAGGCUCACUCUGUUACCCAGGCUGGAGUGCAGUGGCAUGAUCUCGCCUCACCGCAACCUCAACCUCCGCCUCCUGGGUUCAAGCGAUUCUUCUGCCUCAGCCUCUCGAGUAGCUAGGACUACAGGCACAUGUCACCAUGCCCGGCCAAUUUUUUGUAGUUUUAGUAGAGACGGGGUUUCACCAUGGUAGCCAGGAUGGUCUCCAUCUCUUGACCUCGUGAUAUGCUUGCCUUGUCCUCCCAAACUGCUGGGAUUACAAGUAUGAGCCACCACGCCCAGCCUAUUUAUUUUUAAAAUGUAAAAUACUACCUAGGCCGUUAAUCUAGUUAGUCUCAACAUUUGUUUUAAUUGGCAAAAGUUGUAUAUAUUUAUUGUGUAUAACAUGAUGUUUUGAAAUAUGUAUACAUUGUAGGAUAGCGGCUCCAACUUUUUGAAAGUUGUACUGCUCUUAGUAGAUUUUACCUAGGUUUUUUUUUUGUCUUUUUUGAGACAGAGUCUCACUCCGUCACCAGGCGCCAGGCUGGAGUGCAGUGGUGGGAUCUCAGCUCCCUGCAACCUCCACCUCCAGGGUUCAAGCAAUUCUCCUGCCUCAACCUCCCGAGUUACUGGCACUACAGGCACUCACCACCACGCCCAGCUAAUAUUUGUAUUUUUAGUAGAGACAAGGUUUCACUAUGUUGGCCAAGAUGGUAUCAAUCUCUUGACCUCGUGAUCCACCUGCCUGGGCCUCCCAAAGUGCUAGGAUUACAGGCGUCAGCCACUGCGCCCGGCCAACUCUUAGUAGAUUUUAAUUCUCUCUCUCUUUUUUUUUGAGACAGUCUCUGUUGCCCAGGCUAGAGUACAGUACAGUGGUGGGAUCUUGGCUCUCUGCAACCUCCACCUCCCAGGCUUAAGUGAUCUUCCCAUCUCAGCUUCCCAGAGUGUUGGGAUUACAGGCAUGAGCCACUGCUCCCAGCUUUAAUUUUCUCGUCUCAAAAAAUGUUAUCUGCCACUGAAACAUACAUAUAGACAGAAAUAAUUUGGUUUCAGAAUUUGGGGACUGCAAAGCCAAGCUUGGUAAUUAGCAUGUGAUUUUAAUGUGGUGCCUUUUGCUUCCCUGUAGAAAUGUAAAUGGACUCCCACUGAUAAGAUCCUUACCAUCGGGUCUUCUUACAACUUAUUUUACUUUAACUAUAAUCUAUUAAAAGAUUAUGACAUUCUCAAGACUUUUUUGGUUGGUUUUGUUUGUUUGUUUGUUUUGAGAUGGAGUUUCGCUCUUGUUACUCAGGCUGGAGUGCAAUGGCGCAAUCUCGGCUCACCGCAACCUCCGCCUCCUGGGUUCAGGCAAUUCUCCUGCCUCAGCCCCCUGAGUAGUUGGGAUUACAGGCACGUACCACCAUGCCCAGCUAGUUUUUUGUAUUUUUAGUAGAGACGGGGUUCCACCAUGUUGACCAGGAUGGUCUUGAUCUCUUGACCUCGUGAUCCACCCGCCUCGGCCUCCCAAAGUGCUGGGAUUACAGGCUUGAGCCACCGCGCCCGGCCGAUGGUUUUUUGUUUUUGAGACAGGGUCUCUGUCGCCCAUGCUGUGCACUAGCACAGCUCGCUGCAGCGUCGACCUCCCAGGCUCAAACAGUCCUCCCACCUCAGCCUCCAUAGUAGAUGGGAGGGACCUCCGCCGUAGGUGUACACCACACCCAGCUAAUCCUUUUUUUUUUUUUGUAGAGACAGGAUAUUCCUGUUUUGCCCAGGCUGGUCUCAAACUCCUGGGCUCAAGCAAUUCUCCCACCUCAGCUCUCAGAGUGCUGAGAUUAUAGAUGUGAGCUGUCAUGCCCAGCAACUUUUUCAGCUUCAAUAAAUCGUAAAUUAUAUUCACCUUGACUUUCAAUAGAGAAUAGAUAAGAAUGUAAAUUUUUUUUGAGACGGAGUUUUGCUGUUGUUACCCAGACUGGAGUGCAAAGGCACGAUCUCGGCUCACCGCAACCUCAGCCUUCUGGAUUCAAGCAAUUCUCCUGCCUCAGCCUCCCAAGUAGCUGGGACUACAGCCGUGCACCACCAUGACCAGCUAAUUUUUGUAUUUUUAGUAGAGACGGGGUUUCACCUUGUUGACCAGGAUGGUCUCAAUCUCUUGACCUCGUGUUCCACCCGCCUCAGCCUCCCAAAGUGCUGGGAUUAUAGGUGUGAGCCACCGCGCCCAGCCUAAGAAUGUAAAUUUAUGGGAAAACAUUUUAAUUUCUGAGGACUUUGAUUUCAUUUUUGCAAAUAAAGUCCAUUUCGAAUCUCAUUUUCCCAAAUUUUUUACAUUUGUGUUUAAGUUAAAAGGUAGUAAAACAUAACUUUCUUGUUUCAAAUUGGGAACUCAAUUUGGAAGAGAUUCCUUUUUGUCUGAGGAUUUUAAGAUGUAUUAGCAGCAAUCCUGUAAGAUGGUAACUUUUUCACAAUAGCAGAUUAUGAAAUUUAUGAUGUGAAAUGACCAAACAGAUUCCUUCAUAUUAAGCUUUGCAACCUUUUUAAAAAAAUCCACGCAUUUAUGAGUCAUAACUUCAUUUCAGAACAUCAGCUUUAUGCUGUCUACUCUACAUAUUUGCCUAGGUUUUUUGUUUUUGGGGUUUUUUUUAAGACAGAGUCUCACUCUGUUGUCCAGGCUGCAGUGCAGUGGCAUGAUCUUGGCUCACUUCACCCUCUGCUUCCCAGGUUCAAGCAAUUCUGUUUGUUUUGAGACGGAGUUUUGCUCUUGUUAUCCAGGCUGGAGUGCAGUGGCACAGUCUCGGCUCACCGCAACCUCCACUUCCCAGGUUCAAGUGGUUCUCCUGCCUCAGCCUCCCAAGCAGCUGGGACUACAGGAAUGCACCACUUUGGCUAAUUUUUGCAUUUUUAGUAGAGAUGGGAUUUCUCCAUGUUGGUCAGCCUGGUCUUAAACUCACCUGCCUCAGUCUCCCAAAGUGCUGGGAUAUGGGCAUGAGCCACUGUGCCCAGCCUUUUUUUGUUUUUUUAAACUAAAAGUUCGAAAAGUUUUUAGUGAAGGCUAAGGUAUCGUUGAAUUAUUCUAGAAAUAACUUUUUAAAAAUCACUUUAUAAAUAUUGCUGUGGGGCUACUUUCAUGAAUAUGGAUUUAAAGGAAGCAUUCCCUCCCUACACUGCAUAUUCAUAAAAGUUAAAAGUAGAGGCCUGGAGUGGUGGCUCACGCUUGUAAUCCCAGCGCUUUGGGAGGCCGAGGCGGGUGGAUCACAAAGUCAGGAGUUGGAGAGCAGCCUGGCUGACAUAUCGAAACCCCGUCUCUACUAAAAAUACAAAAAAAUUAGCUGGAAGUGAUGGCAGGCACCUGUAAUCCCAGCUGCUGGGAAGGCUGAGGCAGGAGAAUUGCUUGAACCUGGGAGGCGGAGGUUGCAGUGAGCUGAGAUCACGCCAGUGCAUUCCAGCCUGGGCAACAGUGUGAGACUUCAUCUCAGAAAAAUAAAAAAAAAGUUAAAACUAGAAUACUAUUCCUAAUAAGUCUUUAUUUAUAGAAGAUUAAUUUUUUAAUUAAUUUUAGUGUUCUAAGGACCAUGAUUUUCAUUUCCUUAAAAUGACAAGGUAUUUUUUUUUCAGUUAUUGAAAUUAUUCAUUAAAAUUGAGGAAAGAACUCGUUAAACAGUAUACAGAUCAGAGCAUCUUAAAAUGUGGUGAUUUUUAUAUGUUAGCCAUGUCUUGAUUUAUGUUAAAGAUCUGGGAUAAGGCAGACAGUUUCCUAAGGGAAUGUAUUACCUAGAUUACAUGGGAAGUGAGGAGUCGAAAAGACAGGCUGUUCUUGGGUUGGUAAGUACCAGUGGCCAGGUGGGUCUGAGUAGAGGAAAGACAGGCAAGGUGGGUAUGAAGCUUAGAAAUGGCUCUGUAGCUACAGGAUGUUAGAAACAGAAAACCAGCUCUCAUGCCUGGUGGAAUGUCUUGAGAGCUAAGUACCAGGAGGUGAAAACUCUGCCCAGUGAAAUGAACAAGAGAUGAAUUGCCUUGUUUGGCACCCUCCACCUUGCCCUCUCUGCUACCUCCCUAGUGGUCCUCUUGGUAUUUGUUAAUCAUAGUAACUGCCUGUAAAAUUGUUUUUCGUUGUUGGCCCUCUGAGUUGUAGCGAAGUAGAAUUAUGAGUCCACCCAGUGCAUAUAUACAGUCAAUUAGCCUCAUCUCUUCUUUUUCUUUUGUCUUGAGGCAGGGUCUCACUCUCUCACUCAGGCUGGAGUAUAGUGACAGACAGGGCUUACUGCAGCCUCAACCUCUGGGCUUAAGUGAUCCUCUUGCCUCAGCCUCCCAAGUAGCUGGGACUGUAGGCAUGUGCCGCCACACCUGGAUAAUUUUUAAAUUUUUUGUAGAGGUAGGCUCUCAUUGUGUCAUCCAGGCUGGUCUUGAACUCUUGGCCUUAAGUGAUCCUUCUGCCUCAGCUUCACAAAGUGCUGGGAUUAUAGGCGUGAAGCACCACACCGGGCCCAGUCUUAUCUCUUCUGUGGCCACCAGUGCCAGCCAGCAGUCCAUCAAACUUUGCCGGUGGCCACAGGGGUAUUGGCGAGGAAAAUGGAUUUUUUUCUCUCUUUUUGGUACUCAGUGCCAGUUUCAUCAGUAUCAUCUUUUUCUAUAGUAAAAGGAUUUUCAUUAGGAGAGCCGCUUUUUAGAGUACUAAGUUGAUGAGUUUAUUUGACUAUAAUUUGUUAUUUAGUUAUGACGUUUAUUCAUUUAAGACUCUGUCAUCCUCCCUACUCAACAACGUAAAGAGACCCUCCAGUAGCACCCCUGCCUUAUUCUCCAGGCUUUUCUUUUUUUAGACAGAGUCUCACCCUAUCGGCCAGGCUGGAGUUCAGUACUGGGAUCUCAGCUCACUGCAGCCUCCACCCCCUGGGCUCAAGUGAUUCUCCUGCCUCAGCCUCCUGAGUAGCUGGGAUUACAGGCGCCUGCUUCCACGCCUGGCUAAUUUUUUUUUUUUUGAGUUGGAAUUUCGCUCUUUGUGCCUAGGCUGGAGUGCAGUGGCACAAUCUCAGCUCACUGCAACCUCUGCCUCCAGGGUUCAAGUGAUUUUCCUGCCUUAGCCUCCUGAGUAGCUGGGAUUACAGCCACCUGCCACCACACCUGGCUAAUUUUUGUAUUUUUAGUAGAGAUGGGGUUUCACUGUAUUGGCCAGGCUAGUCUCGAACUCUUAACCUCAGGUGAUCCGUCUCCCUCAACCUCAUAGAGUGCUAGAAUUACAGGCGUGAGCCACCAUGCCCAGCCCAAUUUUUAUAUUUUUUAAGUAGAGACAGAGUUUCACCAUGUUGGCCAGGCUGGUCUCAAAUCUCUGACCUCAGCUGAUCCGCCUGCCUCAGCCUCCCAGUGUGCUGGGAUUGCAGGCCUGACACACAUGCCACCAUGCCCGGUGAUUCCUCAUAGAUUUGUAAUUAUCUUUUGAUACCCAGAAGAGAGCUAAAGGGAUUUCACAUUCAUUUUUGUGUUUUCAGUGUAGUUUUUCGCAUUAUGGGUUUUUGUGAAUGGUUAGAUAACUAACAACUGUUGGGGUGAAUAGCUGGACUCCUUUGGUGUCUUCUGUGGUUGUAGAGGUUUGGCAGUGUGAGCAGAGUUUUCUAAAUUAGGAGUUAAGGAUGUUGAAGUAGAACAGGCAGGGAUUAUAUAAAGCAGUUACAGAUGUGUUUCUUCUUUUCUAUAAUGAAAUAUAUUCUGGGAGUUGAGGAUAGUUAGAUGAUGAAUGGGAACCCAGGUAGUUUUCAUAUUCAGAGAUCUUGAUGUUCAGCCUGACACUGUUAGGGAUUUGUGUGCAGUUCAUUGCAAUUCUAAGUCAAUGUAAAUUACACAGUGUGUUUGUAUGCCUAUUAAUAUGAAUAUACAUAGAGCUCACAGAGGUAGGACUGAUUUUCUCUUCUCUAGGAAAACUGGUGAUAAGAACGUCAGAUGACAGUGGAUGAGAAAUAUAAGUGUUCCUAUAUUAGACCAGUGUCAAGGGUCUUCACUCUGAGUCAGACCUACUGUAUAUCUUCAUAUUUCUUUGUUAUUCUAAGUUCUGGGAUACAUAUGCAGAACAUAUAGGUUUGUUUCAUAGGUAUACAUGUGCCAUGGUGGUUUGCUGCACCCAUCAACCCGUCAUCUACAUUCGGUAUUUCUCCUAAUGCUACCCCUCCCCUAGCCUUCCCAUUCCCAACAGGCUGGUGUGUGCUGUUCCCCUCUCUGUGUCCAUGUGUUCUCCUUGUUCAGCUCCUACUUAUAAGAACAUGUGGUAUUUGGUUUUGUGUUCCUGUGUUAGUUUGCUGAGAAUGAUGGUUUCCAGCUUCAUCCAUGUCCCUGCAAAGGAUAUGAACUCAUCUUUUUUUUAUGGCUGCAUCUAGAUCAUUUUCUAUAAGCUUUUAAACAGCCACCCAGUGGAAGAGAGAUAGCAAAUCUACUCAUUGCUUAUCCCAUAGAAAUCUAAUGUAAGCUAUAUACAUACUCUUAAAUUCCCUGGUAGCCACAUUUUAAAUAAAGGAGGUGAAAUUAGUAGUUAAACAACAACCCAAUAUAUCCAAAAUACUAUUUUAACAUGUAACUGACAGGCGGGGCAUGGUGGCUCACGCCUAUAAUCCCAGUACUUUGGGAGGCCAAGGUGGGUAGAUCACGAGGUCAAGAGAUCGAGACCAUCCUGGUCAACAAGGUGAAACCCCGUCUCUACUAAAAAUACAAAAAUUAGCUGGGCAUGGUGGCGCGCGCCUGUAGUCCCAGCUACUCGGGAGGCUGAAGCAGGAGAAUUGCUUGAACGCAGGAGGCGGAGGUUGCGGUGAGCUGAGAUCGUGCCAUUGCACUCCAGCCUGGGUAACAAGAGCGAAACUCCGUCUCAAAAAAAAAAAAAACCAUGUAACUGACAUAAGAAUUGUUUAAAUUUUUAUAUUUCUUUCUUACAAAGUCUUAAUUUUUUUUUUUAAGAGACAGGGUUUUACUUUGUUGCCCAGGCUGGAGUGUGGGAUUGUGAUCGUACCUCACUGCACCCUCAACCUCCCAGCCUCAAGCGAUUCUCCCACCUCAACCGCCUGAGUAGAUAGGACUACAGAGGUUUUUUUUUUGUUUUUUUUUGAGAGAGUCUUGCUCCGUCGCCAGGCUAGAUUAUAAGGGCAUGAUCUCUACUCACUGCAACCUCUGCUCAGGGUUCAAGUGAUUCCCCUGUCUCAGCCUCCCAAGUAGCUGGGACUACAGGCACGCACCACCAUGCCUAGCUAAUUUUUGUAUUUUAGUAGAGACGGGGUUCCACUAUGUUGGCCAGGAUGGUUUUGAUCUCCUGACCUUGUGUCUGCCUGCCUCGGCCUCCCAAAGUGCUAGGAUUACAGGUGUGAGCCACCGUGCCCAGCAAACUUUUGUAUCCUCAGCCAUAUACAAUACAAAAAAAUACAACUUUUGUAUUUUUUAUAGAGAUGGAGUCAUCCUAUGUUGCCCAGGCAAGUCCUGAGCUUCUGACCUCAAGCAGUCCUCCGGCCUUGGUCUCCUAAAGUGCUGGGAUUACAAGAGUGAGUCCCUAUGCCCACCAAAGUCUUAAAUCUUCAGUUUCACAUUCAGCAUAUUUUAAUUCAGGUGCUAAAUUUUCAUUGAAAAAUGGCUGAGCUGAAAAACAUAUUCAGUUUUAUGCAUUGAGGAUCUGCUAGGCUUUUGCUUACCACCCUGUGUAAAGCAGCUUAUACUCUGGCUGGCCAUGGCUCAUGCUUGUAAUUCCAGCCCUUUAGGAGGCCAAGUCAGGAGAAUUAUUUGAGUCCAGGAGUUUGAGACCAACCUGGGCAACAUGGUAAGACUCCAUCUUCACAAAAUAAGUAAAUAAUAGAAGUUUCUUUUAAAAAAUAGGUAAAGUAGCCCACACUCUAUAUGUAUUUUUUUUUUUUUUUUAGAGAUGGUAUCUUGCUGUGUUGCCCAGGCUGGUCUCAAACUCCUGAGUUCAUGAGUCUUCUCACCUCAGCCUCCCAAAAUGCUAGGAUAACAGAUGUCAGCCAUCACACUCGGGUGUGGCUUUCUGCUUCAGUUUCUCUCCUAAGAAUCUAGAUUUUUCAUUUCUUUUUCACCUUAAAAUUAUUUUUUAACCUAUGUUAGCAACAUACAGAGUGUGGGCUACUUUAUUUACUUUUUUUUUUUUUUUAAGAAACUUUUAUUAUUUAUUUAUUUUGUGAAGAUGAGGUCUCACUAUGUUGCCCAGGAUGGCCUUGAACUCUUGGGUUCAAACAAUCCUAUUGCCUCAGCCUCCCAAUGUGCUGGGAUUACAAGUAUGAGCCACCGUGGCUGGCCAGAGAAUGGGCUCCUUUAGAUGGGGUGGUCAGGAAACGUCUAAUUGAAGAUGAGCAUUUAAGGAAAACCCUCAGUUAAAUGAUAAAUAUUUAAAGGAGAAAAAAUUGGGUUGAGGAUACAGCAAAUGUAGAGGUCCUGAAAUUGGAAUGUUCGUGGAACAACACCACAGAGGCCUUGUGGUGGGUGGAAAGGGGUAGGAAAUGAAGUUGGCAUACUUGGAGCCAGAUCUUGCACACUCUUGCAUUGUAGGCCAUGUUGAGCACUGUUGAACUGUGCAUGCUUUGAGAAACACAUUAUGGAAGCCCUGCUUCUGUAGAAAGGUCUUUUUGACUAAAUAAAUGGCAGAGGGUGGAAAGUUAAAUAUUCAGUGUGUGUCCCAAACAUUUCUAAGAACAUUUCUUUACAAACUUUCCACUACAUUUACCAUUCUUUUAAGCUUUAUCUUUCUUGACCCCUAUUACUCUGUUUAGCUGAUGUUUCCUGGAGGGUGUGGUGUUUGGUGGAACGUGAAUCUUCCUAUUUGAAUGUAAAACCCUUGGGUCUAGAAACUGGGUCAUCUACAUUAGCAGCUUUCAAAGUUUUAAAAAAAUAUAACACAUGCUGAGAAAUAUAUUUUAUAUUCUGAUCCAGUAGUCACAUACAUAUGUAAUGAAGCAAGAGUAGUGCAAAAUAAUACUUAACGGUUACUUUGAAACAUAUACCUUUUUAUUCUGCUUCUUAAAACCAAAAUACUAGUUGCGACCUUCUUGAUUGAUUUCUCAUUCGGUUCAUGGAGUGUGAUCUACUAUCGAAAAACACAGGCCUUGGCUGUCUAACCUAAAACUUUGGGUCCUUAUGUGCAAGGUAUUAUGAUAGGUCCUGUGAGGCAUAUAGAAAACUUCUCCUGAAGUAUGUGGUAUGACUGAAGCAGUAGGGUCUAAGUAUUUAAAAUAAAAUAGCCCUUGUAUGACUGGGGCAAUUAAAAGUGUCAACUCAUUUACUACAAGUUGUGUAGUGUUGGCAAGUGGAAAGAGGUGUUAUUUGGGUGUCAGAGAAGGGAUUUCCUUAGGGUGGCAUUUAAACUUAAGACUUGAAGAAAUACUGUAUUUUUAUAGGAUGAGUUGGGGGAAAGGGAUCUGCCAAGUGAGAGGAUGUAGGAGGUAAAGUGCAUAGCUAAGAAAACAUGCAGUGUGUUGGAGAGAGGCAGGUGGGACAAAAGUGAGGAGAUCAGAAUUUGUGGAACAGGAGACUCCCGUAUGUUAGCAGUGGGAGUGAGGUAUAUUAGAAAGGUUGAUUGACUUACCUAAGGUUCCGAGGGGGAGUGGGACAGGGACUCAUUUGUUUGGGCUUCCAGUUCAGUGCUAGUAGUCUGUUUUCUCAUAUGUGAAAGGAGGACACUAAUGCCUGUUUAGCUACUCUCUAAGGCUUUUGUCAAGAUGAAAUGCCAAUGCAUGUUAUAAGGUUUUCUAAGUUAGAUAAAGCACAGCAUAAAUGUAAGGUGAUGGUAUUUUUUAUCAUGGUAAUAAGAAAUGGUGGUGGGAGCAGGGUCGAUAAGUGAAGGAUUUUGAUUGCCACAUGAAGGUCAGUCUUGUCCUUUUCCCGUACAGAUUGUGGGAUGGAGGAAGGAGUAGUGCAUUCAAAGUUUUAACCACAGAAAGGGAACAAUGAAAAGUGGUAUCAUUUUAGAAGAUUGGUAUAGUAGUGAGUGUGUGUGUGUGAGAGAGAUUGGUGCCUGUGCCUGUGCCUGUGGCAGGGAGACCUGUAGAGCUUUUUGCUGGAAUGAGCCUGAGCUUGAAAUAAAAAGGACCUGAAUUAGUCAAUGGUCAUAGGAACAGAAAGGAAAAAGAUGCCUUAAGAUAAAGGCUCAUUGUUGAGAGAGCAAGGAAUAAAGCAUAAAUUGCAGGACAAUCAGCUAGAGUACCAGAAGAAUUGCAGGUUCUUCUAGUAAAUUGGGAAGCUAGGAGGGGAGAGAUAGGAAAAAGAAUCAUUUUCAGCUUUUGAUACUUUGAAUUUAAGGUGAUAGUAGGCCAUUAGAUAGAAAUCAGAAGUGGGAAAUACUAAUAUAGCAGAUAUUCAGGGGUUCAGGGGCUAGAGAUAAGAAUUUCAUAGUCUUGCUGGAUGCAGUGGCUCAUGCCUGUAAUCCCAGAACUUUGGGAGGACAAGGCGGGCAGAUCAUGAGGUCAAGAUAUCAAGACCAUCCUGGCCAACAUAGUGAAAUCCGUCUCUAGUAAAAAUGCAAAAAUCAGCUGGGCGUGGUGGUGCCCCUGUAACCCCAGCUACUCGGGAGGCAGAGCUAGGAGAAUUGCUUGAACCCGGGAGGUAGAGGUGGUAGUGAGCCAAGAUCGCCCCACUGCACUCCAGCCUGGCAACAAAGCGAGAUUCUGUUCCCCCCCGCCCCCCCACACACACAAAAAAUCAGUCUUCUACAUUAAAGCCUGAGGAUAAGCUAGAUUUCUAAGGAAGGAAGUGUAGAGAAGGGAGAAGUGAGGCUGGGUGUGGUGGCUCACGCCUGUAAUCCAAGCACUUUGGAUGCCAAGGCUGGUGGAUCACCUGAGGUUGGGAGUUCAAGAGAAGGGAGAAGUAGGUUCAUAUUUAGAAGCAAGAGACAGAGGAGUCAGGGUCAGUGAAGUCAGAACGCUGUGAGGAGGACCCUUGUGUAUUGACUUGGAAGCCAUCUUCUAUAGUAUAAUAGCACUUGUCAUAUGAGUGUUGACUUACUUGUCUGUUUCCUUUAAAUAUAAGCUUCUUGGGAAUGGGGGUGGGAAGUAGAGUAGAUGAAGAGGCAGGAAGGGGAGAAACUAAUAUUAAGCAAGCAUCUGCUAUAUUAAUAUUCAUUGAAUGCUCACUAUGUGCCAGGCACUGUUGUAAGCAUUUCACAUGUACCAACUCAUUUAAUUCUCUUAACAGUCCUAAGAGAUAUGUAUCACUAUCUCAGUUUUAUAGUUAGGGAAGUUAACGGACUGAGAAGUUAAGUACCUUGCUUGAGAUGACUCAAUGUUUGAUAGAGCUGGAAUUCAAACCCAGGUCUGAGUUCUUAACAUUAAACUCUGUACCAAGAACUUUUAGAGUGGUUCCUAUGGCAUAUACCUCAGUUUAAAGGCUUAUUAAAAUUUCAGAUAUACCAAGCAAGGCAUAUGUUAUUCCAUUUUACAAAUUAGGAAAUUGAGUUUCAGAGAGAUUAGGUUAUUUGUUGUAGGUCCUGUAGGUAGUAAGAGAUAAAGCCAGGUUUUCUUUUUUGAAACCGAGUCUUGCUCUGUUGCCGAGGCUGGAUUGCAGUGAUGGGAUCUUGACUCACUGCAACCUCCACCUCCCAGUUCAAGUGAUUCCCCUGCCUCUCAUCCUCCUGAGUAGCUAGGACUGCAGGCAUGCGCCACCACACCCAGCUAAUUUUUUGUAUUUUAGUAGAGAUGGGUUUUUACCAUGUUGGCUAGGAUGAUCUCAAUCUCCUGAACUUGUUAUCUGCCUGCCUUGGCCUACCAAAGUGCUAGAAUUACAGGCAUCAGCCACUGUAUCAGGCCAAAGCCGGGAUUUUUAAUCAAACUCUAUCAGAGACCAAAGCCCGUGUUCAUUCAUGUUUAUUUAUUUACUUUUUGAGAUGGGAGUUUUGCUCUUGUUGCCCAGGCUGGAGUGCAAUGGCUCGAUCUCGGCUCACUGCAACUUCUGCCUCUUAAGUUGAAGCGAUUCUCCUGCCUCAGCCUCCUAAGUAGAUGGGAUUACAGGCAUUCGCCACCAUGCCCAGCUAAUAUUUUUGUAUUUUUAGUAGAGACAGGAUUUCUCCACAUUGGUCAGGCUGGUCUCAAACUCCAGACCUCAGGUGAUCCGCCUGCCUCAGCCUCCCAAAAUUCUGGGAUUACAGACGUGAACCACCCUGCCCGGCCUGGUCAUUCAUAUUUAGUUGAGAAGCCAUCUGACUCUUUCUUUGAAGGACCAGAUAGCAAAUGUGGCUUUGUGUGCCACAUGGUCUUGAUUGCAAUUACCCUACUCUGCUGUUUUAGUAUGAAAGCAACCAUAAGACUGUGUAAACAGAUGAAUAUGGCUAUUAUGAUCUAGUAAAUCUUUGUGGGCACUGAAAUUUGAAUUUCAUAUAAUUUUCAGGCACCACCAAAUAUUAUUAUAGGUUCCCCCUGCCCCAUCAUUUAAAAAUGUAAAAACUAUAGCAGGUUGUACAAACCAGAUGGGGGACUAGAUUUGUCCAUGGGCCAUAGUAUGCUGACCUCUGCUUUAAUCCAUUCUUCUAAUAAAUAUGUAUUGAAUCCUUACUCUGUGGAGAUGUGCUGGGCACUGGUAACAUAAAAGCAAAGGGAGUUUCAGUCCUCUGAGGUAAUUGUAAUACAGGGUAGUAAGAACUGUAAUAAAUUUAUAUUUACCAGAUAUAGUGGAAAAACAGAUACAGAGGCACCAUACUUUGAUGGUGAAUUUAUGAAGGCAUCUCAUAAAAGAAUGAUAGUUGAUGGAUUGCCAGGCUUAUGGUAUAGGGGAAGGCAUAGAUAGCAUUGCUGAGGCAGAAAGGGAGGGACAAAUGCCAGGAGAUGAGUUUUGUCAAGAGGGUAGGGUGAUGAAGAGUGAGUUUUCAGGAAAUUUUGAGCCAGGGAGUAACAUCUGAUUUUUGUGCUCUAAAAGAUAGCACUCUGGAGGAUAAAUUUGCAGGGAAGAAGGCAUAGGAGGGAGAUGGUUUUGUUACCACAAGAAAAUAUAAUUGCUGUAGUUGUAGAGGUGAAUAAGAGGCAUAUCUAUCUGGUGAAUGAUUAGACAUAAGGAUUGUGGGAGAAUAAAAAGUCUAAGAAAACUCAGGUUUUUGACUUUUUAAUUGGGCAUUGCCAUUCAUCAUAAUGCAUAUAGAGGACAGAGAAGCAUGCUUUGAGGGUGGGUACAGGAAGCAGGGAAGAAGGGACUUUGGUUUUUGGCAUGUUGGGUUUGAGAUGCCUGAGGGCCAUCAGGUAGAGAUGUCUACAGGGAUUUUAACAUGUGAACAUGAGGUCUAGGCUAAAAGGAGUACCUGAUUGUAGAGUGAUUGCUCAGGGAUGGUGAAAACAUGGAUAGAGAAGAUAAGGAGACUGAAUUGAACAUUGAAGGAGCAGGAAACUGAACAGCCUGGGGAAUAGGACCAGGUGAGAGUAUUGGUGUUCAAACUUAAGAAGAUGAUUUUCCUGAAGAAGAAUGUGGUCAAUAGCAUUAUAGAAAGGUCAAGAAGAUAAGAAAUGUCAUAUUCAUUGGCUUGAGCCAUUGGAGUAGGGAAGGUUGUGGAACUUAAUGAGCAGUUUCAAAGGAGUGGUCUGGAACCCAGAUUGCAAUAUGUUAAGUUCUGACUGAAUAUGAGAAAUUGAGGACACUACCCAAAGGUUUGGCUGUGAAGGAAAGGAGAGAUGACAACAGCUGGAGGUAUCUCUAGCACCUAGUACAUAUUUUGGCACAUAAUAGAGACUGGGAAAAUUCAUUCAUUCGACAAAUACUGUGCCAGAAACUAUUACUGAAGCUAGGGAUAGAGUAAUGAAAGUUAAGAGGAACAGCUUCUCACCAUGAAGCUUACGUUUUAUUGGAGAAUGGGGGUUGGGGAGUAGAGUAGAAAUGAAACAUAAUUUUGGAAGGUGAUAAAUAUUCUGAAGAAAGAAAGCAGAGUGAGAGAAUAAGGAUUGCAUAACCUGUCCAUGUGCGGUGUAUCAUGCCUGUAAUGUCAAUACUUUGGGAGGCCAAGGUGGGAGGAUUGCUUAAGCCUAGAGUUUGAGACCAGCCUGGACACCCUGUCUCUAUUUUAGUUAAAAAAAAAAAAAUUGCAUAACCAUGUAAGUCAGAUGAGUGGUCUGUGUGGCUGCUUUAGAAAGGAUGGUCAGGGAAGGCCUUUUGAGGAGGUGAUAUUGGAGCAGAGACUUCCUUAAGUAUGAAAACCCUGAGUUGGAACACAGUAGGUUGGUUGUGGAACAACAGGGUGGUUGGAGCUGCUAGGCAAAUAAGAGAAGUAGAGAAGAUGAGGUAGGGGUAAGCUGGGUCCAGGUUAUAUGGGACAUUUUAGGCCAUGGUGAGGAAUUUCAAUGCUUUUUUUUUUCUGUCACCCGCACUGGAUUGCAGUGGCGCGAUCUUGGCUCACUGCAACCGCUGCCUCCCGGUUUCAAGCGAUUCUUCUGCCUCAGCCUCCUGAGUAGCUGGGACUACGGGGGUAUGCGACUGUGCCCAGCUAAUUUUUGUGUUUCUAGUAGAAACAAGGUUUUGCUUUGUUGGCCAGGCUGGUUUUGAACUCCUGACCUCAGGUGAUCCACUCACCUCAGCCUCCCAUAGUGCUGGGAUUAGGCAUGAACCACUGCACCUGGCCAAACUUAGGUCUUUUUUUGACCAGGCUUCCAAACUGGUGUAUCACAGCAUCACCACAGACAGUAUCUUUCAGCUCGGUUCAGUGGUUCACACCUGUAAUCCCAGCGUUUUGGGAGGCCAAGGCAGGCAGGUCCCUUGUCCCCAGGUGUUCAAGACUAAGCUGAACAACAUGAUUAAACCCAUCUCUACAAAAAAUACAAAACAAUUAGCCAGUCAUGGUGGCACAUGCCUGUAGUCCCAGCUACGUGGGAUGCUGAGACGAAAGGAUCACCUGAGCCCAGGAGAUCGAGGCAGCAGUGAGCCAUGAUUGCGACACUGCACUGCAGCCCAGGCAAUAGAGUGAGACCCUGUCUCAAAAAAAAGAAAAAAAAGGAAAAAUAAAACAAAAGAAACCAAAGACAGUAUCUUUGCUUCGUUAGGGAGUAUCACACAAGACUGUCAUUGUCCUCAUGAACAUAAUAGAUGUGUUGGAUGAUAAUAUAAGAGGAGCUCAUCACAGAUUGAGUAGCUUACAGAGUGUUAACCCACAGAUAGUGUCAACCUGGAAUAAAGAGACACUGAGAUGAUUCUCUGUCACUUGUUUCUGUUGAGAGGUAAUUUGUUUUGUAUGAACUGAGAUUAAGACAUAGUUGAUAUACUACCUUAAUAUAUUAUCUAGCUUCUCCCAUCAACAUUUUAUCAUUUUUUUUUUAUUUCCCUACUCCCCUUUCUCUCUCUCUUUUUUUUUUUUUUUUUUGAGAUCGAGUUUUGUUCUUGUUCCCCAGGCUGGACUGGAAUGUCACGAUCUCGGCUCACUGAAGCCUCCGCCUCCCGGGUUCAAGUGAAGUGAUUCUCCUGCCUCAGCCUCCUGAGUAGCUGGGAUUAAAGGCAUAUGCUACCACGUCCAGCUAUUUUUUGUAUUUUUAGUAGAGACAGCGUUUCACCACAUUGGCCAGGCUAGUCUCAAAUUCCUGCCUUGGCCUCCCAAAGUGCUAGGAUUACAGGCAUGAGCCACCGCACCUAGCCUAUCUCCCAUUUUUGAGUUUGAACAUUUUUUUUUUUUUUUUUUGAGACAGAGUUUCACUGUUGUUACCCAGACUGGAGUGCAAUGGCACGAUCUCGGCUCACUGCAACCUCUGCCUUCUGGGUUCAAACGAUUCUCCUGCCUCAGCCUCCCGAGUAGCUGGGACUACAGGCGCGCACCACCAUGCCCAGAUAAUUUUUGUAUUUUUAGCAGAGACGGGGUUUCACCUCGUUGACCAGGAUGGUCUCGAUCUCUUGACCUCGUGAUCCACCGCCUUGGCCUCCCAAAGUGCUGGGAUUAUAGGCGUGAGCCACCGCGCCCAGCCUGAGUUUGAACAUUUUUAAGCAGAUUUCAGACCUGCAUAUCCUUUUACUCAGAAAUAUUUAUGUAUUUAUUCGUAACUGCUGGAUAAUGAUGCACUACACACGCGCGCACAUUUGUAUAUAAGAAAUCUCAGUGUUGCCAGGCGCGGUGGCUCACACCUAUAAUCCCAGCACUUUGGGAGGCCAAGGCGGGUGGAUCAGGAGGUCAAGAGAUUGAGACCAUCCUGGUCAACAACGUGAAACCCCAUCUCUUCUAAAAAUACAAAAGUUAGCUGGGCAUAGUGGUGCGCUACUCGGGAGCCUGAGGCAGGAGAAUUGCUUGAACCCAGGAGGCGGAGGUUGCGGUGAGCCAGGAUUGCGCCAUCACACUCCAGUCUGGGUAACAACAGUGAAACUCCGUCUCAAAAAAAAAAAAAAAGAAAUCUCAGUGUUAUCACACCUCAUUAAAUUAACAAUACUUUAAUAUUUAAUAGUCAGUUCAUGUUCAGUUUUCUCAUUUGUCAAAUAUGUCUUUUUAGUUUGUUAAAAUCAGGAUUCAAAUAAGAUCGACAUGUUACAUUUGGUUAUAUCCUUUAAAGUGUCUAUUAAUUUAUAAUAGCCCUUCUUUUGAAAAUCCCGUUUAUUUGUUGAAAAAAACUGGAUCAUUCCUUUGAUAGUAUUUUCCAUAUUUUGGAUUGCAUUUUUAUGAUAUUUUAAUAUAUUACUUUCAUCACCUAUAUUUCUUUUAAGUGGUACUCAGUUCUAGAGUCUUUUUUAAGAUUUAAAUUUUAUUAUUUUUUUUCUUGGUAUGAUAGAUAUGUUCAGAGUUUCAGGAUAUCAGUUCUAGAGUCUUGAUUCAGAUUUUUGUCUUUGGUAAGAAUAUUUCGUAGGUGCUGAAUAUGUUUUUAUAAAAAUGUUAGUGUUAUACUUCUUUUUUUUUUUUUGAGAUGGAGUCUCUCUUUGUCACCCAGGUUGGAGUGCAGUGGUGCAGUCUCAGCUCACUGCAACCUUUGUUUCCCAGGUUCAAGCAAUUCUCUUGCUUCAACCUCCUGAGUAGCUGAGAUUGCAGGUACCCACCACCACGCCUAGCUAAUUUUUGUAUUCUCAGUAGAGACGGAGUUUUACCAUGUUGGGCAGGCUGGUCUCGAACUCCUGACCCCAUGACCCGCGCAAAGUGCUGGGAUUACAGGCGUGAGCCACCGCGCCUGGCCUUUACUUCUUAUUAAAUUAUACUGACAGGCUUACACUAUCUGGUUGUCUCAGUGGGUUCACAUGUCAGGCUUUCCAGACAUUGACACUGAUGUGAGCUUCUUGGAUCUAUUCUUGAUAGUGAUUGCAAGAGGUUGACUUUCCAGCUUUAUCAUUUUUAUUUCUGUGAUUAUUCAUUAGAAUUCUUCUAUAAGGAACUCUUGGCUGAGCACGGUGGCUCUUACCUGUAAUCCCAACAUUGGGAGGUUAAGGUGGGAAAAUCACUUGAGGCCAGGAGUUCAAGACCAGCAUAGGCAAUAUAGUGAGACCCUUUCUCUUCUAAAAAUCUAUGUUUGGGGCCCAGGCGCGGUGGCUCACGCAUAUAAUCCCAGCACUUUGGGAGGCUGAGGUGGGUGGAUCACGAGGUCAAGAGAUCGAGACUAUCCUGGUCAACAAGGUGAAACACCAUCUCUACUAAAAAUACAAAAUUAGCUGGGCAUGGUGGCGCGCACCUGUAGUCCCAGCUACUCGGGAGGCUGAGGCAGGAGAAUUGCUUGAACCCAGGAGGCAGAGGUUGCGGUGAGCCGAGAUCGCGCCAUUGCACUCCAGCCUGGGUAACGAGCGAAACUCCAUCUCAAAAAAAAAAAAAUCUAUGUUUAAAAAGAACUCUUGUUCACAUACUUUAAAGAAAUCACUAGAAUGCUGAAAUGUAAAGGAAAAAUGAAAAUGAUAUGUGAUAAGAUAUUAUGCCUUUCAAGAUACAGAUGCUCAGGAAGUUACUUGAAGAAGUCAGAUACUCUUUGAAUGUGAUGGCUUCAAAUCCAAUCCAUAACAGACAUGUUGUAUUGAAGUUCGUACACCACAAGCAGUAUUGCCAUCAAUGUUUCUUUUUGAACCGCUCAUGGUGUCAAGUUCCAAAUAAUUGCAUUUCUGGCGAUUUCAGUGUGUAUGUUAAAAUCAUGCAAAAGUACUUAGUAUCUAGAUAAAAACUUGAGUUAGCUACUAUACUCAAGUAAUUAUAAACAGGUUUUUUUCUCUUGGGACAUUUAACAAUUAUGUGAAAGAUGAGUCUUCAUUGUGUAGUAUUGUCUGUCACACUGCAGGUGUGUCGUGCAGGCUGGAGUACAGUGGCAUGAUCUGGCUCACUGCAACUUCCGCCUCCCAGGUUCAAGCGAUUCUCCUACCUUAGUCUCCCAAGUAGCUGGAAUUACAGGCAUGUACCACCAUGCCCAGUUAAUUUUGUUGUUGUUGUGCUUUCAGUUGAGACAGGGUUUUACCAUUGUUGGCCAGGUUGAUCUUAGACGCCUGAUCUCAACUGAUCCACCCACCUUGGCCUCUCAAAGUGCUGGAAUUACAGGCAUGAACCACUGUGCCCAGCCUCUCAUUUAUUUUUUAUAACAAAUAAUUUAAUGCCUAUUGAUUAUCCUGAAAUAAAAUUAAUAGAUGAGUCUUAGGCCAGGCACUGUGUCUCAUGCCAGUAAUCCCAGCAUUUUGGGAGGCUGAGGCCGGCAGAUCAUGAGAUCAGGAGAUCAAGACCAUCCUGGCUAACACAGUGAAACCCCAUCUCUACUAAAAAUACAAAAAAAAAAUUUGCCAGGCAUGGUAGCACGCAUCUAUAGUCCCAGCUACUUAGGAGGCUGAGGCAGGAGAAUAGCUUGAAUCCAGGAGUCAGAGGUUACAGUGAGCCAAAAUUGCACCAGUGUACUCCAGCUUGGGCCACACAGAGAGACUCCGUCUAAAAAAAAAAGAUGAGUCUUUAACUGCAUUUGAAUCUGACAUUACAGUGAAGUAGUUUAGUACCUAUACCUACUUACAAUAAAUAAGUUGGACUUAAAUAAGCUCAGAAGAACUUUCACUUUCCUACACAAUAGAUAUGGGUAUCCUAUAGAUAUGGGUAGAUACCAGAAUGAAAACUGCUAGAAUGAGUAAAAGCAGAAUUAUUGCAUAAGGGGGAAAUAAUUUUGUUUGAUGUAGGGAUAACAUAAGACAAAUUACAUACUUCCCACAUGGAAACAUAAAAAUAGUAUCACGUAGUCAUCAGUGAGUUUGACCUUAAUUUAGUGUCAAAAUAAUUCCCUAUGAGAGGACCUGACAUGAGACAAGGAAGUGAAGAAAUCUCACAGAAAACCUGGUAGAAUCCGCUGUUAUCUGCCUACAUUCAGCCCCUAGUACUUAAAUGUCCCCUAGAGAAAAUAUCCCUUGAUAGGCAAUGAGGAAUAAAGGAUUAGAAAAAGAAACAGUAAUAGAUGUGUAGUAGACUUUAGGGGGCAUUAUUCGAGUUAAAAAUGGCAACCUCAAAUAAGUUCAUCAUUUAAUUUUUACAACUUAGGUUUCUACCUCUUAUGUCACAAAAAGUGAAGUAUAAGCUGACAUUGAUGUGAAAUAUAUUUUUUAAUGUUAAUAAAAUCUAGCAAGAACCCUGUGUUUCAUAAGCCCCUUGUAACUUAAUGAUGUUUGGAAAUAAAUCUCUUCAGCAGUCUCUAUUUUAUAUUUGGAAGUUACAGCUCUGAAAGCAGUCGGAUCAGGUACAGUGUACUGGAAAGUCAGCUACAAGCAGCUUUGCAUCCAAUUUCUGGAAUGUUUAGGUAAAGUCCUAAAUGAAGCAAAACAAUAUUAAUUUGUAUAAUAGUGACAUACUAGAAAAUAAGUAGUUUACUAAAACUACAAAUAAUAUUGUGCGUUAAGGUGAAAAUUUGAAUUAGGUAUUGUGCUUAGAUAAUUUUACCUUUUUUUUUUUUUGGAGAGUCAGGGUCUUGCUCUGUUGCCCAGGCUGGAUUGCGGUGGCACAAUCAUAGCUGCUCACUGCAGCUUUGAACUCCUGGGCUCAAGUGAUCCUCCCACCUCAGCAUCUUGAGCAGCUAGGGCUACAGACAUGCACUGCCAUGCCCAGCUAAAGUUUUGGGGUUUUUUUGUUUUGUUUUGUGGGUUUACUUUUUCUUUUUUGUAGGAAUGGGGUCUCACUAUUUGUUGCCCAGGCUGAUCUUAAGCUCCUAGUCUCCAGUGAUCUUCCUGCUCUGCCUCCCAAAGUCCUGGGAUUACAGGUGUGAGCCACUACUCUCAGCCUUACAUAAUUUUAAUUCAUUCAUUCAUUCAUUUUUAAAUUUUUUUGAGGCAGGGUCUCUCUCUGUUACGUAGGCUGGAAUGCAGUGGCAGGAUGUUGGCUGACUGCAACCUCUGCCUCCCAGGUUCAAGUGACUCUCCCACCUCAGCCUCCUGAGUAGCUGGGACUACCAGGCAUGCACCGUCAUGCCCAAUUAAUUUUUGUAUUUUUUGGUAGAGACAAGGUUUCACCAUGUUGGUUAGGCUGGUCUCAAACACCUGAUCUCAAGGGGUCUGCCUGCCUUAGCCUCCCAAAUUGCUGGCAUUACAGGUGUGAGCCACUAUGCUCGGCCCCCAGCCUCAUGUAGUUUUAAACUUUUGGGUUUUGCCAUCUGAUUUUUUAGUUUCCUUCUUGAAUGUCUGGUAGGAGGUUUAGAAAAUCAUGUUAGGAUGCUGAACAAUUCUUUAUUGCAUUUUCUGUGCAUUGCAAAACACUUAGCAUCUUUGGCACUUUUCCUCAAUAAAUGCCAGUAGGGCCCCUAAUCAUUGUGAUGACUAAAAAGUAGUCCUAAUACAGUUCUAGAAUGUCCCGUGGGGGUGAUACCUCUCAGUUGAGAGCUAUAGUGACUAAAUUGAUUUUACUGAGUUAUAACCUGUAGUUUGUCACAUGUUGCCUGGCAACACAAAUGCAAUCAGAGAUGCAUUGUUAGACAAUUUUGUCAUGGUGUGAAUAUCAUAGAGUGUACUAACACAAACCUAGAUGGUACAGCCUACCUAGGCUAUAUGGAUAGCUUAUUGUUUCUAAGCUAGAAACCUGCAUAAUAAUGUUGCUGUACUAAAUAUUGUAGGCAGUUACAACACAAUGGUAUUUGUGGUUCUAAACAUAUCUAAACAUAGAAAAGGUAUCAGGAAAAAUAUGAUAUAAUAAUCUUGUGGGACCACCAUCAUAUAUGCAGUUUUUCAUUGACCUAACCAUGGUAGGCUUUGGCAUCCUUCUCAAAACUGGUAGAAGAAUUGAUUGUAUUAAUAACAUUAUUGCAAAUACAGAAUUGUUGCUUUCCUAGUGUUGAUGGAUCUACUUCAGUUAGCUUUGUUCUUUACAUUCUGGUUUUCAGACUCCAGUAUAAAUGUUAAUGGCCCUACUAAACUCAUUUGAGCUCCAGUUUAGGUGGUACCAAUGUCCUAUGAAAUAAACAGAAACCCUUUCAGAAACAUGUUUCAGUUUGUCUUUUAAUCUCUGAACAUAAUGCAUGCAUUGACAGAGCAUUCACUGUACCAUGAGAGAAUCAUUCUUUGAACCACCUGCCUGCUUGUUACUUACUUUUUAAAAAUGAAGUUUUAUUUUGAGACAGUUUUUGAUUUACAGAAAAGUUGCAAAGAUAGUAUAGAGACUUCCCAUAUAUUCCUUACCUGGUUUCUCCCAAUGUUAACAUUUUGCAGUACCUUGGUAUAUUUGUCAAAACUAAGAAACCAACACUGGUACAUUAUUACUUACAAAGCUCCCGACUUUAUUGGAGUCUUACUGUUUUUUUCUACUAAUAUCCCUUUUCUGUUGUGGGAUCCAGGAUACCAAGUUGCAUUUAAUUUUGACCUUAGUAGCUACAAAGAACUGAGUGCACUGCCUCUUUGUGAUAGCUCUAUAUGGAGCUGUGGCAUCCCCUCAGUAUUGCCUGUUCCCAGCUCCUUUGCUAAAAAGCCUAUUUUGUCCUUUAGUAAUUUCUUUUGGUGUAGUUUCUAGAUACUCUGCCAUUCUGUCUAUAUACUAUAUAUACUAACUAUGUAACUGUAUAUACUGCUGUACUUGUUUUCCACUUUAAAACAAGACACACACGACUGAAUGUAGUUCUUCACAUAUGGUCUGGCAAGAGUGAAAUGUUGUAGAUAAAUCACACUUAUGGAUCUUGUAUGGUUAUUAAUGCAACCUAAGCUUGCUUGUUCAUUUGCUGGCAUUUUUAACAACUGCAUCCCAUCUUGGGCUAAUAUUGAAGGAAAGGUUCUACUUAGUUAAUUAAUUCAGGAUUUUUUAUCACAUGAAUUAUUGUUUUAUCCAAAGGCAAAGACUUUGUAUGAAGUCUUUUUUCUUUUUUUUUUUUUUCUUUUUUUUUUUUUUUUUGAGACAGUUUCACUCUUGUUGCCUAAACUGGAGUGCAAUAGUGUGAUCUUGACUCACUGCAACUUCCACCUUCCAGGUUCAAGUGAUUAUCUGGUGUCAGCCUUCAGAGUAGCUCAGAUUACAGGCACACGUCACACGCCUUUCUAAUUUUAUUUAUUUUUUAUUUUUUAGUAGAAAUGAGGUUUCACCAUGUUAGCCAGGCUCAUCUCAAACUCCUGACCUUAGGUGAUCCACCUGCCUCAGCUUCCCAAAAUUCUAGGAUUACAGGCCUGAGCCACAGCACCAGCAUGAAGUUCUUUUAAAAGUCAUCUUGCUGGCGUGGUGAUCCCAGCACUUUGGAAGGCCGAGGCGGGUGGAUCACCUGAGGUCAGGAGUUUGAGACCAGCCUAGCCAUCGUGGCAAAACUCGUCUCUACUAAAAAUACAAAAAUUAGCUGGGCAUGGUGGUGGGCGCUUGUAAUCCCAGCUACCUGGGAGGCUAAGGUGGGAGAAUCACUUGAACCCGAGAGGCAGAGGUUGCAGUGAGGCUAGAUCAUGUUGCCACACUCAAGCCUGGGCAGCAGAGCAGAGCAAGACUCUGUCACCAAAAAAAAAAGGUCCUCUUGUUUUGCACAUUCAUUUGCCUCUCUUCAAUCUCUGUUCUGUCAUUCAGUAUUUUAACUGUUUUAUGCACAAGCUUAUAAAUAUUUGCUGUCUUUUUUUUUUUUUCUUUAAAUAGAGACAGGGUCUCCCUAUGUUGUCUAGGUGUGUCUCAAACUCCUGGGCUCAAGGAAUUCUCCUGUCUCAGCAUCCCAAAAUGCUAGGAUUAUAGGCUUGAGCCAUCGCACCUGGCCUACUGUCAUUUUCUGAGUCACUAAUAAAAACAUUGUAUAAAAUAGGGUUAAGUACAGGACAUUAGACCCAAGGUAACUGGGCAAGUGAAAAGGAGAUGUAGCAAACAUGUACUUGUAUGAGGAAGCUAAAAAAAGGUUAGCAUAGGGCAAAAGCCUUGAUUCUGCCUGUUUACAGUGGUGACCCUUUAUCUGAGGGGGAUAUUUUUCCAAGACUACCCAGUGGUUGCCUGAACCUAUGGAUAGUACGGAACCCUAUGUAACCUGUUUUUCAUCUGAUAACCAGCUGCUAAGUGAGUGAUGGGCAGAUAUACAGCACAGUUACACCAAGCAAAGGGAUGAUUCACUUCCUGGGUGGGACAGUGCACGAUUUCAUCACACUAUUUAAAACAGCAUGUAGUUUAAAACUUAUGAAUUGUUUGUCUCUAGAAUUUUCCAUUUAAUAUUUUCAGACCACUAUUGACCACGGAUAACUGAAACCUCAGAAAGCAAAACUUCGGAUUGCUAGGACUACAGUAUAUUCUCACUUGUGGGUGGUACCUAAGCUAGAACUCUUGCAGAAUGUGAGAACAGCUGAAUUCUUUGGAGGCAGGCAGGUGGGCACAGGGUCCAUCUUAACUAAGAAUAAAGCCAGUUGUGAUUCACAGGAUUGUUUGGUUACCUUUUAUAUUACUGGUCAUGCCUCAAGCUUCUAUUUUGAGAUUUUCAUGAGUCUUGCUUGAACUAGACUUUUUUAUGAAUGGCAUUGAAAAUUUUGGAGGACUGAAAAUUUUUUGGCAUACUUUUUAAAUUAUUUAUUUUUGAGACAGAGUUUCACUCUUGUUGCCCAGACUGGAGUGCAGUAGCACAAUCUCAGCUCACUGUAACCUGUGCCUCCUGGGUUCAAGCAGUUCUUCGGCCCCAGUACUGGGAGUACAGGUGCCCACCACCUUGCCCAGCUAACUUUUGUAUUUUUAGUAGAUAGGUUCACCAUGUUGGUCAGGCUGGUCUUGAACUCCUGACCUCAAGCGAUCUGCCCACCUUGGCCUCCAAAAGUGCUGGGAUUAUAGGCGUGAGCCACUGUGCCCGGCCUAAUUUUUUCUUUUUAAUCGACAUGAUAAUUGUGCAUAUUUCUAGGAUACAUAGUGAUAUUUUGCUUUUUUAUUUUUAUUUUUUUAAUAAAGUAGAAGUGAGAUCUCAAUGUGUUUCCCAGGAUGGUCUCAAACCCUGGCCUUAAAUGUCCUCUUGUCUUGGCCUCACAAAGUUCUGGAAUUAUAGUUAAGAGACACCACAACCAGCUCAUAGUGAUAUUUCAGUAAAUAGAUACAGUGUGUAACGACCAGAUCUGGGUAAUUAGCGUAUCUAUCACCUUAGACAUUUAUCACUCCUUUGUGUUAGAAACAUUCAAAAUCCUCUCUUCCAGCCAUUUGAAAAUAUAAAUAAGUUAUUAACUAGGCAUACGUCUUUUAUUUACCUAAGAUGUAUGUGAAUGACAUAUUUCCUCUUCAGUAAUGCUUGGUCAUAUAUCAGUUUCUUGUUAUAUUUGUUAUAUUAUUUGUUACAUUUGUUACCCAUAUUUCUCCCCACUUGUUAUUUGAGUUUGUUUAUGGAACCUUUUGCCAAUAUUAAAGUGUUACACUUAUUUAUUAUCAAAUUUACAGUGUGCUCUACCUAGUUUCACUUUCCCUAUAUUGCUUAGAAAAGCCUUACUUACUAAACAUUCUCAUAUUCUCUUAAGAAGUUUGUCUUUUUAAAAAAUCUAAAUAAUAUCUGCCAUUUUAAAGAUAUAUGGCCAGCCAGUUAUUUUCUUUGAGAAUAGAAUUUUUAUGUAUGUGUGUGAAAUGUGUUGUAACAUUUAGAAGAGUGUACAAAAGAAUGUAGCCAGUAAAAUAAGAAUAAAACAAACGUCACACAUCCACUACUCAUAUUAAGAAAUAGAACAUCAUCUGUGUGCCCACGGAGUAGCCAUCAUGAGCAAAGCUCACCCUCCCGAGUUGAAAAAAUUUUUGGACAAGAAGUUAUCAUUGAAAUUAAAUGGUGGCAAACAUGUCCAAGGCAUAUUGCGGGGAUUUGAUCCCUUUAUAAAUCUUGUGAUAGAUGAAUGUGUGGAGAUGGCGACUAGCGGACAACAGAACAAUAUUGGAAUGGUGGUAAUACGAGGAAAUAGUAUCAUCAUGUUAGAAGCCUUGGAACAUGUAUAAAUAAUGGCUAUUUAGCGGAGAAACCCAUGUCCUCUCUCCAUAGGGCCUGUUUUACUAUGAUGUAAAAAUUAGGUCAUGUACAUUUUCAUAUUAGACUUUCUGUUAAAUAAACUUUUGUAAUAGUCAAAAGAAAAGAAAAAGAACAUCUCAUCCACAUGUCCAUAACUGCUAACUAGACCUUUGUUUUGAUAAUCCUCUUGCCUUUCUCUGCAGGUUUACUUCCAGUAUAUCCAUUUCUAUCUGAGCCACAUGUUGUUUAGUUACGAAACAUGGAAUAGCAAGCCCAAGCCUCACCAUGUGAGGAAAGAGCAGUUUGCACUGUUAGGGGGAAGCCCUUAGAAGAGAAGCUGAACAGAAUCUGCCUUUAGCUUCCCUGAGAGUUUCCAAGAGACUCUGGAGAAAUUACUGGGCAGGGUCACAAAUGAACCUUUGGAAACUCGGGACCCAACGUAUAUGGAGCGUUUAGCUGGAUCAUUAUAUGGACCAGCGUGGAUUUCCAGCAGAGGAGUAGUCAGAGGACUGCUCUUCACUUGGCUUAGCUCCAGCUCCCAGGAGCAGGUCAGAGUGGGACACUCCCAUGGGGUGAAAUGAGAUCAGCUGAACUUCUUUCCUUGAGGGGAGAGCAAGAGCUUCAUCAUCACUUGGGCAAGACCAGCCAAGUCCAGAUAAGAUGUGGGGACUGGGCCGAACUCCCCAGGUAUCAUUGUGUAUUCAGGUUACAAAGAAAAUGUAUGAUACUAUAUGAAUUUGUGUAUGUAUGUGUAAUUAAUUCUUGUUUUAUGUGGUAGUUGUGUUCUUUUAUUUAUUUAUUUUGAGAUGGAGUCUCGCUCUUGUCACCCAGGCUGGAGUGCAAUGGUACAAUCUCACUGCAACCUCCACUUCCUGGGUUCAAGUGAUUCUCCUGCCUCAGCCUCCCAAGUAGCUAGAAUUACAGGCACCAGCACCACACCCAGCUAAUUUUUAAAAUAUUUUUAUUAGAGACGGGGUUUCACUAUGUUGGCCAGCCUACUUUUGAACUCCUGACCUCAAGUGAUCUGCUCUCUUCGGCCUCCCUAAGUGCUGGGAUUACAGACGUGAAACACCACACCUGGCCGCUAGUUGUAUUCUAUAAAGUUUACAUGAACACCAAGUUAGUGAUUACUGAACCUCUGUUCCUAGAGGAAAUACAGGGUGGGGUUCCUCUGAGCCUCUGGUUAUAACAUUUUUAUCAGUGGAUCAAUACAUAACCUUGUUUUAUGUGUAUUUCUGCUAAAAAAAAUAAUAUAUAUUGUUGAUUCAUUAACAUUGAACUCAAGGCCAGCAACACUAUAACUCAAUGCCUGAUACAUCUGUUUUCUCUGUAAGACUCAUGUCAGCCUUGUGGUGCUGAGGAACGCUGGACAGCAUUUCAGCACUACACUUGGGAGCCAUUUAAAAUAGCGAAAUCACCAAAAAAACAGCACAAAAAGGUGAAAACAUGGCACUAAAUAGACCAUGAAAAGGACACUUGUUUACAAAAUGAAAGCCGAAACAAGAAGGCAGAGCAUUGCUUUGUUGGACCUGAGCUGCAAACAUGGUUAUCAAGCCACUCAUCAUUUAUUCUGCUCUAUGCCUAUUUUAGUCGCUCACUGGAAAGACUGAAAGCACUGCAAGUAUUGAUGUGUUCUUUUGUCACCUAGCUGAAGUGCGGUGGCUCAAUGUCAGCUCACUGCAACCUCUGCCUCCCUAACUCAGGCAGUCCUCCCUGCUCAGUCUCUCACUUCACUAGCAAUUUUUUAUAGAUAGGAGGUCUUACUAUAUUGCCCUGGUUGGGAUUUUAAGUGUGAGCCACCAUGCCCAGCUUUGAUAGGUACUUUUUUUUUUUUUUUGAGACAGAGUUUCGCUCUGUUGCCCAGGUUGGAGUGCAGUGUCACCAUCUCAGCUCACUGUAGCCUCCACCUCCUGGGUUCAAGCAGUUCUUUUGCCUCAGCCUCCCAAGUACUUGGGAUUACAGGCUCCCACCACCACACCCAGCUGACUGUUUUGUAUUUUUACUAGAGACAGGGUUUCAACAUAUUUGCCAAGCUGGUUUCAAACUCCUGAUCUCAAGUGAUGCACUCCCCUUUGCAGACUUCCGCCUUGCUGUUCUAGAGAUAGUAAGUUCUCAUGAGAUCUGGGUAUUUGGAAGUGUGUGGCACUUCCCCCUUUGUGCCCAUGUGUGGCUUGCGUGCACGCGCGCGCGCUCUCUCUCUCUCUCUCUCUCUCUCUCUCUCUCUCUCUCUUUCUCUCUCUCUCUCUUACACACCUCUCUUCAUAAAUUACUCCGUCUCAGGGUAAUUUUUUAUAUUUUAGGGAAGGUAUUUUUGUAUGUUGGGAGGGCAUGAUUCUGUCCUUUGUAUUUGUGUGAAAAUGAACUAAUACAGGAAAUUGGUGCCAGGAAAGAGGGGAAUUGCUGUACAGAUGCCCUUUCAGUGGGGCAUUGCUGUACAGCGGCCCUUUUAGCCUGGCAACUCUUAUUCUUUGUUCUGGCAAGAUUUUCUUGAAUUACUCUAUUGAUUAUUUCCUCCCUUCCAUUUUCUCACUUUGAGGAUAUUGAAGCUUCUAGAGUAGUGUUCCGUUUUUCUUCUCUUUUAUGUUCUGAAAAUGUGGAAGCGACUUUGGAACUGGGUAACAGGCAGAGGUUGGAACAGUUUGGAGGGCUCAGAAGAAGACAGGAAGAUGAGGGAAAAUUUGGAACUUCCUAUAGACUUGUUGAAUGGUUUUAACCAAAAUGCUGAUAGUGAUAUAUGGAUAGGGUGGUCUCACAUAGAGAUGAAGAACUUACUGGGAACUGGAGCAGAGGUCACUCUUGCUAUGCUUUAGCAAAGAGACUGGCAGAUUGUGCCCCUGCUCGAGGGAUCAGUGGAACUUAGAACUUGAGAAAGAUGAUUUAAGAUAUCUGGCAAGGACUUCAUGACCAAAACACCAAAAGCAUUGGCAACAAAAGCCAAAAUAGACAAAUGGGACCUAAUCAAACUCCACAGCUUCUGCACGGCAAAAGAAACAGUCACUAGAGCGAAUCAGCAACCAACAGAAUGGGAAAAAAUUUUUGCAGUUUACCCAUCUGACAAAGGGCUGAUAUCCAGAAUUUACAAAGAACUCAAACAGAUUUACAGGAAAAAAACAAACAAGCCCAUUCAAAAAUGGGCAAAGGAUAUGAACAGACACUUUACAAAAGAAGACAUAUAUGAGGCCAACAAACAUAUGAAAAAAUGCCCAUCAUCACUGGUCAUUAGAGAGAUGCAAAUCAAAACCACAUUGAGAUACCAUCUCACGCCAGUUAGAAUGGCGAUCAUUAAAAAAUCUGGAGACAACAGAUGCUGGAGAGGAUGUGGAGAAAUAGGAACACUUUUACACUGUUGGUGGGAGUGUAAAUUAAUUCAACCAUUGUAGAAGACAGUGUGGUGAUUCCUUAGAAAUAGAAAUUCCAUUUGACCCAGCAAUCCCAUUACUGGGUAUAUAUCCAAAAGACUAUAAAUCGUUCUACUAUAAGGACAAAUGCACAUGAAUGUUCAUUGCAGCACUGUUUACAAUAGCAAAGACCUGGAACCAACCCAAAUGCCCAUCGAUGAUAGACUGGAUUGGGAAAAUGUGGCACAUAUAUACCAUGGAAUAUUAUGCAGCCAUCAAAAAUUAUGAGUUCAUGUCGUUUGUAGGGACAUGGGUGAAUCUGGAGAACAUCAUUCUCAGCAAACUGACAGAAGAACAGAAAAUCAAAUACCGCAUAUUCUCACUCAUAGGCGGGUGAUAAAAAAUGAGAACACAUGGACACAGGGAAGGGAGUACUACACACUGGGGUCUAUUGGGGGUAAUAGGGGAGGGACAGCCAGCAGCGGGGAGCUGGGGAGGUAUAGCCUGGGGAGAAAUGCCAAAUGUGGGUGAAGGGGAGGAAGGCAGCAAAACACACUGCCAUGUGUGUACCUAUGCAACUGUCUUGCAUGUUCUGCACAUGUACCCCAAAACCUAAAAUGCAAUAAAAAAAUAAAAAUAAAAAAGAUACCUGGCAGAGGAAAUUUCUAAGCAGCAAAGCAUUCAAGACACAGCUUGUGCAAAAGUAAUUGCAGGUAAUUUUAAAAAAAGGAAAAAAAAAAAAACACACAUGGCUGCUCCUAACAGCAUGCAGCCAUAUGUAGUCACUAAGAGAUGCUCUGAAAUUGUAGUUUAUGUUUAAAAGGGAAGCAGAGCAUGAAAGUUUGAAAAUUUUUCAGCCUGAACCUGUAUUAGAAAAGAAAAAUCCAUUUUCUGGGGAGAAAUUUAAGCCAGCUGCAAAAAUUUGCAUAAGAGGAGCCAAAUAUUACUUUAUGGGCCAGGCCCGGGGCUCUGCUAUUCUGUGCAGCCUCAGGAGUUGGCACCCUGCAUCCCAGCUGCUUCAGGUCCAGCCAUGGCUAAAAGGGGCUAAGAUACAUCUUGGGCCAUUGUUUCAGAGGGUGCAAGCCCCAAGCCUUGGCAACUUCCCUGUGGUGUUGGGCCUAUGGGUGCACAGAAGGCAAAAGUUAAGAACCUCCGCUUAGAUUUCGGAGAUUGUAGGGAAAUGCCCGGAUGUCUAGGCAGAAAUCUGCAAGUGUGGAGCCUUCAUAGAAAAUCUCUUCUAGGGCAGUGUAGUGGGGAAUUGUGGGGUUAGAGCCCCCACACAGAGUCCCCAGUAGGGCACUGCCUAGUGGAGUUGUGAGAAGAGGGGCCCUCAUCUUCCAUACCCCAGAAUGGAUAGAUUCACUGACAGCUUGCACCAUGUACCUGGAAAAGCUGCAGAUGCUCAACUGUAGGCACUCGACGCCAUUCCAUGAAAGCAGCCUCAGAGCCAGAAAUACCCAAAGCCUUGGGAGUGCACCCCUUGCAUCAGUGUGCCCUGGAUGUGAGACAUGGAGUCAAAGGAGAUUAUUUUGGAGCUUUAAUGACUGCCCUGCUGAGUUUCAGACUUGCACAGGGCCUGUAGCUCCUUUGUUUUGGUUAAUUUCUUCCUUUUGGAAUGGGAACGUUUUACCCAAUGCCUGUACCCCCAUUGUAUCUUGGAAGUAACUAACUUGUUUUUUGAUUUUACAAACUCAUAGCCAGAAGGAACUUGCCUUGUGUCAGAUCAGACUUUGGAUUUGGACUUUUGAGUUAAUGCUGGAAUGAAUUUAGACUUUGGGGAACUAUUGGGAAGGCAUGAUUCUCUUUUGAAAUGUGAGGAGGACAUAAGAUUCGGAAUGGGAAGUGGGCAGACUGGUUUGACUUUAUGUUCCCACCCACAUUUCAUCUUGAGUUGUAAUCUCUAUGUGUUGAGGAAGGAGCCUGGUGGGUGGUGAUUGAAUCAUGGGGACCGACUUCCCCUUGCAUUUCUGGUGAUAGUGAGAGAUCUGGUUGUGUGAAAGUGUGUGGCACUUCCCCCUUCACUCUUUUCCUGCUCUGCCAUUGUGAAGAAGGUGCUUGCUUCCCCUUCACCUUCUAUCAUGAUUAUAAGUUUCCUGAGGCCUCCCAGUCAUGCUUCCUGUUAAGCCUGCAGAACUGUGUCAAUUAAACCUCUUUUUUUUAUAAAUUACCCAGUCUCAGGUAGUUUUUUAUAGCAGUGUGAAAACAAACUAAUACAGUAUAUUUAUACAUGUAAAUAGACAAAGCAGGUGCAGUUUAUCUGUGUUUAGGAUGGUAACUGGGGUAGUUAAUGGAAGAGAAUGGUAAUAUUCCAUUAUUUGAUCUUGGUGUUCAUUAUACAGGAUGUGUUCAUUUCAUAAAACCCAAGCUGUCCUGUUUCUGAUUUAUAUUGUUCUCUGCAUGUUAUGCUUCAGUAAACAGCGUAAAACAAACAAUGCUGCGGCCUCAGGAUCUGGGUGAUGACCACCCUUCCCCUAAGUGGGACUCUUUGAGUGUCACUGCCCAAUGUGGUGUAAUGGCCUUCAUCUGCUUCAUGGCUUUUCAUCCUGGUGGUUCUUCCUUCACUGUCUUUCUGGUGAUUUUCAUUGCAUCUCACGUUGGAUCUCGAUUCCUAAAUUCCAUCUCCCUGUUUUUAAUCCAGCUCUUCUUCUUCUGGUGGUGGAUGCUUUUGUAGUUUCUGGAGAAAAAGGGUGUUUAUAAUACAUGGGAAGUGGUUUUUUUCUAGAACUUAACAUAAUCUGAAAAUGUUGUUCUACUGCCCUCACACUUGAGUGAUAACUUUCCUAGGUAUAGAAUCUUAAAUUGGAAAUUCUUACCUUCACAUGACAUUUGUGCAUUACCUUCUAGAGUCCAGUGUUCCUAUCAGAAGUAUCAGAUUCUUGGUCUUUGUGUGUAACCCAUUCUUUCCCCUCUCUACUCCCCAUCUCCUGGAAGCUAGUAGAAUAUCUCUUUGAGGGCCUGUUCUUCUGAAAUGUGAUUAGUAGAGAUCUCUUUUUAUUCAUUGUAUUGAGUACUCUCUGGACCCUUUGAACCUGGCAACUCCUAUUCUCUGUUCUGGGAAGUUUUCUUGAAUUACUCUGUUGAUUAUUUCCUCCCUCCCAUUUUUCUUACUUUGAGGAUAUUGAAGCUUCUAGAGUAGGGUUCCAGUUUUCUUCCCUUUUAUGUUAUAUUUUCUUUCCCUUUCUCUCUCCUCCUCUCUUCUUCUUUCUUUUUCUGGAAAUGAUUUACUUACUUAAUCCUUCUGUUUUCAAUAAAAUAUGCGCUUUACUCUGUUGUCAGUGAUACCUUGAGUUCCUAGGAGUCAGAGACCCUCUUUAAUAUACAAACUUGUACUUUCCACUUGACGUGAAGUGUAAUGUUGAAGAGACAACUUAGAAUUUUAACUGCUUCUCAAAGACCUUUUAUCUGUCUUCUGUCCUUCAGCAGUUCUCCACCCUAACUAUGGUUUCAGCAAUACCUGAUGCAGCCGGUCCCAAACAUUUCGUUGAAUUUGCUUUGUAAAUUGGAUUGUUUCUUAGCUUUCAUCUUUGCCCAUACUAGGAUUCAGCUCUUUCCAGUCUCCUAAUUCAGAUACCUAAUUCUGCUUUUCAGCAUUCAAAAUUUUAUUCCUAUUUAUUUUAUUCUCUUUAUCUUUGUGAAAUUGUCUUUCACUUCAGUUCCAUUACAAAAUUUUAAGAGUUUCAGAAAGCAACAAAAUUCGAUCUUACCUUAAGACUAUUCUAGGCUGGGUGUGGUGGCUCACCUCUAUAAUCUCAGUACUUUGGGAGGCCUAGGCGGGCAGGCUCACUUUAGGCCAGGAGUUCAAGACCAGCCUGGGCAACAUAGUAAAAACCUGUCUCUAGUAAAAAUACAAAAAACAGCUGGGUGUGGUGGUGCACACCUGUAGCCUCAGCCACUUGGGUGACUGAGACAUGAGAAUCGCUUGAACCAGGGGGGCGGAGGCUGCAGUGAGCCUAGAUCGCCUCACUGUACUCCAUCCAGCAGAGGUGACAGAGUGUGAGACUCUUUCUUCAAUGAAAAAGACUAUUCUAGACCUUAUUUUCACAAAAUUAUGACUCAGUCCCUCAAAAGCCACAUGGGCACUUGAAAUAUGGCCGGUGCAAUUGAGGAACUACAUUUUUAGUUUCAUUUUAAUAGAUUACAUUUAAAUAGUGACAUGUGUCUAGUGACUACUGUAUUGGACAGCUUACUUCUAGUACCAGUGAAUUAAGGAGUUGGAAUGUAAUUUCUAGUCAGUCUACCACGAGGAAAAUUUUUUCUGUUUCCUUCUUCUGAUUUAUUUAUUUUAUAUCAGUAUGGAGUCAUGGAUUCUUGUGUUAUUCAGUGAGUUAUAAUCUAUUACUUUUUUUUUUUUUUUUGACACGGAGUCUCGCUCUGUCACCAGGCUGGAGUGCAGUGGCGCCAUCUUCACUCACUGCAACCUUUGCCUCUGGUUCAAGCGAUUCUUCUGCCUCAGCCUCCUAAACAGCUGGGACUACAGGCAUGUGCCACCAUACCCAGCUAAUUUUUGUAUUUUUAGUAGAGACGGUGUUUCACCAUGUUGGCCAGGAUGGUCUCAAUCCCUUGACCUCAUGAUCCACCUCCCUCGGCCUCCCAAAGUGCUGGGAUUACAGACAUGAGCCACCACGCCUGGCCAGUCUAUUACUUUUAUUAUUAGUCUUGAUGCUCAAAUUGUCCCACAUUUGGCUUGUGAAACCACUUUAAGGUUUUUCUAUGUACUUUUGAUAUGUCCCCAUCAUUCUAACUCAGUCAUUUCUGGAUGUUUCAUUUUAGAACAGGAUAUAUUACAGGCUCAUGUAUUUGCUCUGUCCAGCCCAUAGAGUCCUUCAUUUCUGUGAGGAGCCCUGGUUUCUCUUAGUGAAGGAUGGAGCUCUGGACAGAAGGAGCCCUGCUGCUGUAAGGAUGCUGACCUCUUGCCAUUUUUUUCUCUCCCUCUGAGGCCUCCCACUGGUAAACCAGAAGCAAGCUGCCAGGGGUGUCUGAAUAAUUGAGUUGGCAGAUUCUAGACCAUGGUUUCUCAACCUUGGCAUCAUAGACAUUUUAGGCCAGGGGGCUGUCCUGUGCUUUGUAGGAUGUUUAGUAACAUUCCUAGCCUCCACAAAAUUGAUGCCAGUAGCCCUCCCUGUCUUGCUAAUUGUUAGAACUGAGAGUGUCUCCAUACAUUGCUGAGUGACCCCUAGGGGGCAAAAUGGCCCCUGGUUGAGAACUAUUUCCUAGACCCAGCAGAGGAGAGUGUGGAAGGGUGGGCUUGGAGCUAAGAAAUGGUAGUAAUAACUAACCACCACCAAACUUUACAUCAGAUGUUCUUGAAAUGUAGAGGAAGGGCAAAAGAAUUAAUGUUUAUGGGCCUGUGAUGAUCCUGUAAUGUAGAGAGAUUAUCCUUUGUCUUUUUUUUUCUUUUUCAUUGUUGAGGAAAGCAAAGAUCAGGUAAGCAGUAUCUUUAUAGUCAGGCAAGAUUCAAAUCCUGGUAAAGUUUAUAUCUGUUUACAUGCUCUUAAAGUAUGUUCUUGAAUUUUCUGGGUUGGUGUUAUUGCUAUACUAUUUUUACAUGGGUGAACUGUUCUUUGUGUUACAUUUCAGUCAUUCUUGAUGCAUUGUUAACAUGGAUGCAUUUUCUAGAUGGUGCCCUGCUAGUGUCAUACUGCUCAGAAUCAUGGCUAGACAUUGUAAGUGGAGGAAAGAAAUGAAUAUUUAUAUUAAAGUCAGUGUUAAAAAACUUUUAAGUUUUGUUUUGUAUACUUUGGUUUAUUUGAGAUUCACUUAAAACUGUAUAAGCACUAUCCAUUUUCCUCAUUUUGUCUUUAUGCUUAGUCCCUUCCUUCUUUCUUUUCCAUAUUAUCAUAUAUCACUCUUGGAUACAAAGACAUCCUCUCUCAGAGAAAGUCUCCCAAAGAUCAGCUCAUUCUAACCAACUGUUUACUAUACCUUUUCAGCUUGCAUGUCUCACGAUCACCUCAAAUGAAACAUGUCUAAAAUCAGACUUUCAUGCCUCCUAAACCAGACAUAAACCACACCUCUUUUCCCUCAGUGCUAGAGUCUUCUCUAUUUUGUAUUAAUAAUUCCUAAUCCUAUCCAGAGUUUUAUGUUUG